GGGGAGGAACUUCGAAUUCACUCGAAGAAGAAGUCAUGCAGUCCAGCUGACCGGUCGGGGGGAAACCCACUGUAGUACAUCCAUGAGGGAAACACACCGCGGACGGCAACAGCACGCAGGAAAGAAAACCUGUUAGACGGCGGAAGAGAAAUUUUCGUAUAUACGUUAUCCCACGGUACCGUGAGCCAUGUCCGGAGCGUUGGCGAGACUGCUCUUCUACCCGACGUUAGCCUAUAAUGUUGUCAUGGAGAAGGUGUCCUCGAGACGGUGGUUUGACCGAGUGGACGAGACGGUGAUCCUCGGAGCGCUGCCGUUCAGAUCCAUCACCAAACAGCUGGUGGAAGCAGAAAAUGUUCGAGGCGUUAUCACCAUGAAUGAGGAGUAUGAGACCAAAUAUUUCUGCAACUCAGCUGAGGAGUGGCGGGCUGCCGGGGUGGAGCAGCUGAGGCUGAGCACGGUCGACCUCACCGGCGUCCCCAGCCUGGAGAACCUGUGCCGAGGAGUGAAUUUUGCUCUGCAGCACAGAGAGCGGGGGAGCAGCGUGUACGUGCACUGCAAGGCCGGACGCUCCCGCAGUGCCACACUGGCUGCUGCGUACCUCAUUCGGUUACACUGCAUGACUCCAGAGGAAGCCUGUCAGAAGCUGGCGUCUAUUCGCCCACACAUCCUGGUGCGCUCGGCUCAGCUGGACAUGCUGAGGAAAUACUACCAGCAGGUGUGUGAGCGGUCCAGCUGAGAGCGCAGGACGGCAGCUCAGACCUCAUUCUGCUCCCACAGCUGCUGGAUCAGUGGACCCGGAGCCUUGGACAAUCCUCCACGUCAGAAUGUUUACCCACUGAAGAAAAUGCCAAACCACUUGAAUUUCCCCCAACAUUUUGAACUCAAAUCCUCAAGGUUUUACUGGGAAAUAGCAAAGUUUUAGAAGGUAAUUCACAAGUUGUCAGUUAGCAAAAAUGGCAGUUUCUACAAGUAAUAUUAUCAUUAUAUUUAAUAACCUUUAUGACAUAAAACAUAUUUUCUUUAACUCUUUGACUACCUGUUUGCUUGCUUUUGAUUGAAACAUAAAUGUAAAACACGUAAAUGAAAUCUCUCUCUGAAAUAUCUGAACCGUAAUGAAGUAAUGAAAUUCUUUCAUUAAAGCCACAAGUGGCAUGAACAGCGUGAUAUCUGGUAUCUAAGGAA